GAUGAGUGUUGGGGGGUGGGAAGGGGCAAAUAUUCCAGAAAUUGCUAGAAACAUCUGCUUGUCUCUUCGCCAUUUCUCUUAUCUUCUUCUUUUUACUAAUACCUCCAAUCAAAUACUAACCCUUCAGUACAAUAAGAGUCAGAGAUAAAGUUUUCUUCACCGACGAAAGUACAGAUCGCAAAGUGCAACUGAAAUGCCAUGGACAGUACGGAUACUGACAUGAUGGAGGCGGAGUCCACGGCGGCGCCACCGCAACCUCCACCGUCACAACUGCAUUCCAGUUCGGGCCAAUACGACGUCGUUAGAGGCAUGCUCACUACUGCUCGCCAGCUUAUCGAUCAAGGCAAGCCUUCUCAGGCUCUCCAAGCGGUGGUGAUGGCCAUGAGAACCAAAGGCGGUGAGCAAGCUGUAUUUCAAGCCCUUAAUCGUGCUCAGGAGUUGUACAGAAAUAAAGUACAGGCAAGUGUGGCUGCAGAUGAGCUGGCUUCUUUAUUUGCUGAGUGUGCCAUUGCUGAGGCCAUGCCUCCUGUAUCCCAGCCUUAUGAACAUGAACAUAAUACAGUGGAUAAACCAAUUGAAGUUGAUGUUGAUGGAACUUCAAUACUAGCUGAAACUGGCAGAAAACAGAUAAUGCUUGAUGCAUUCUCUGAUGGAACCAGCUUUGUCUGCUUACAGUGUGGGGGUCUAGUUAGUGCGCACCGCAAAGAUGAGCACUACUCAUUCUGGUGUUGCAAAAUGUGACAGUUUGCUACUUGAUGGGGUACAUUUCCUUGCUUGGUUACAUUUUUUAUGUCAUUACUCAUCAUGAGAGGCAUAUAUCUCGUGCAUGUUGCUGGCGCACCAUAGGUGGUAGUUUCUACUAUAUACAUAACCUGCUCUUGGUUGCAGAUGUACUUUCUCUAAAGGCAUGUUGCUAUAAGCGUUACAUGGCCAAUUUGGUGGCUGAAGUUAUGAAUGCCUGAGGUAGUACUAAACGUCAUAUGGUUAGAUAUUGAUCACAGGAAAUGUAUUCGGUUCUAGGAGUGUGUUUGUGCACUUUUGUGCUGUGUAAGAUGUUAUCAAAUAAUACGCAUAUCCCUAGAAUGAGCUUGUAAAUUAUGGUUGUGCCAAACUUAUGAUUAACAAUCUUUUUUGGCUCUUA